CGCAGGAUCGAUGUCCAACCUGCCGGCCGGAUUUUCCUGCUUCUCAUAAACUUCAGCGGAAAUAACACCAGGGAGUCAAAGAGGGAAAGAAGGGGAGCUAAACACUGAAAUGUAGCUGAUCAGCGUCGUUAAUUUUUUUAAACAAAGUUUGAAGUGACGGUUUUUACCACAAGAGAAGAAGAAGAUGUUUUCCUUCCUGCGCAAAGUCAGAGACCCCCCACCUGAAAACAUACACAUCUCCUGUCUGCCACCCAGCAUUCCCACGGAUCAGGAGCCGGAUCAAACCGGAGCGAUAGGUGAGGUGGUGGAGGAGAAAGCAGUAAUCCAGACGACACAUACGCACAGAGUCACACCGCCCUCCGUCUUCCUCCAGAAACAGAACAAUGAACCUGUUUCUAGUACUUACUUUGACCAGAGGGUCCCUGUUCCUGAAGACCACAGUGAGAGGGGGAUUAGUCUCCGUAAGCUGUGGGCCUUCACCGGGCCGGGGUUCCUAAUGAGCAUAGCCUACCUGGACCCAGGUAACAUCGAGUCUGACCUCCAGUCUGGAGCUAAAGCUGGCUUCAAGCUCCUCUGGGUGCUGCUGGGCGCCACCAUUAUCGGCCUGCUGCUGCAGCGUCUGGCAGCUCGGUUGGGCGUCGUCACCGGGAUGCACCUCGCUGAAGUCUGCCAUCGGCAGUACCACACUGUGCCUCGGAUCAUGCUGUGGUUGAUGGUGGAGUUGGCGAUCAUCGGUUCAGACAUGCAGGAAGUCAUCGGCUGUGCCAUCGCUUUCAGCCUCCUCUCUGCCGGCAGGAUUCCCCUGUGGGGUGGAGUCCUCAUCACCAUCAUCGACACAUUUGUCUUCCUCUUUCUGGACAAGUACGGUUUGAGGAAGCUGGAAGCUUUCUUUGGUUUCCUCAUCACCAUCAUGGCUGUCACCUUUGGAUACGAGUAUGUGACAGUUAGUCCGGAUCAAGGCGAGGUCCUGAAGGGGAUGUUUGUGCCAUACUGCCAGGGCUGUGGUCCGGUUCAGCUGGGUCAGGCUGUCGGCAUCGUGGGAGCCGUCAUCAUGCCUCACAACAUUUACCUCCACUCUGCCCUCGUCAAGUCCAGAGAAGUGGAUCGCACGAACAAGAAAGAAGUCAGAGAGGCCAACAAAUACUUCUUCAUCGAGUCGACCAUCGCGCUCUUCGUCUCUUUCCUCAUCAACGUGUUUGUUGUGGCUGUUUUUGCCGAAGCUUUCUACGGGCGCACAAACGCAGAGGUGUACAAUGUCUGCAAUGAAACAGGAAGCCCUCACUCACACCUGUUUCCCCAGGACAACCAGACUUUAGCUGUGGACAUUUACAAAGGGGGCGUGGUUCUGGGCUGUUUCUUUGGCCCUGCAGCACUCUACAUUUGGGCCGUUGGGAUCCUUGCAGCUGGUCAGAGCUCCACCAUGACUGGAACGUACUCGGGACAGUUCGUCAUGGAGGGUUUCUUGAACCUGCGCUGGUCCCGCUUUGCUCGGGUGUUGCUGACCCGCUCCCUCGCCAUCACUCCCACCCUGCUGGUCGCCAUCUUCCAGGACGUCCAGCACCUGACCGGAAUGAACGACUUCCUGAACGUGCUGCAGAGUCUACAGUUGCCCUUUGCCCUGAUUCCCAUCCUCACCUUCACCAGUCUUCCUUCUCUCAUGGAGGAGUUUGCCAACGGACUGGUGUUUAAAAUCGGAGGUGGCCUGGUGAUCCUGAUGGUGUGUUGCAUCAACAUGUACUUCGUGGUGGUCUAUGUGGCGGCUCUGAACAGCGUGUGGCUCUAUGUGCUUUCAGCGUUCCUCUCCAUAGCAUACCUGACAUUUGUGGGAUAUUUGGUGUGGUUGUGUCUGAUUGCUCAGGGAGUUUCCUGGUUGGAUCCGAGCGCAAGGAAAGGGAAUGACACGUCCGUCCUGAUCCAGCAGGAGCCGGAGUUUGACUCCUGAAUCAGACAUUGGUUUGAGUGGACACUUCAUCGUAGAGGUGCAGCUGUGAGCAAACAGACUGACAGACUUUAAAAGCACAUAAAGAGGGGGUUCAUUUAACUGAAAACAGACUGACUGUGGCGCUGGCUGCUCUGAAUGUUAAAGCUAAACUUGAGGUGGAGCAAAGAGAGAUUAAGAGGAAAGCUGUUUUAAUGUCCCAAAGUGUGAUAUCCUGCAUCAGUCCAACAGUCUUUACCUGUGCAGGCAUUGCAGGUAAAUGGUACCUGGUGAGACAGGUGCAUGUCUACAUGUGAAGGUUAUAUUUUCAGAACCACAAUACUACAUUAUUUGCACAAGUUCUUAAAAAAAAAAAAAGAUUUUUCAGUCAUAGUCAGUGUUUCUCGUCCAACGUGACUGGAGAUGUGUGACCUGCCCUGCCCUGCUACUUUAGCAAUUUCCGUACAAAUACAGUUAGCAAUCAGACUGUAAGAUAAGAUAACAUAAGAUAAGAUGUUUUUAAAUUAUGCACCACGGAAGGAAAUGUAGAUGUUAAAACAGCUCAUAAUAGAGGACAAAGGUGGGACAAUGAUGGGCUAGUAUUUGGAUUAUGGAGUCAUUUUUGUUGCAUAACUAUUUGCAAAUGCAUACCAAGAUCUGUACACCAAUCUGCAAUUGCAUGGAUAGAUUUGCACAUGCGUGCACCAAUCCACAAAUGUGUGCACAGAUCUGCAAAUGAGUGCAAAGAUCCACAAAUGCAUGCACAAUCUUGCAGAUAUGUAGGACAGAUUGUAAUUGUGGUCUUUUUUUGCUUUAAGAUCUCGAAAUACUCACAAGACAUAAAUUCUAUCUAAUCUGCUGCCUGCCUCAGCAUUGAUUACCGGUCCAUGUGAUGCAUAUUCUAUGAGGCGGGCAGCCAGCCUUGCCUGUGAGCCUGCACUAAGGGAAAAAAACCCAGAGCUUUUACACUUAACAGAUGUGGUCCUUUGUGGCUGAAGUGUUGCUAAAUUCACGUGAGUAUGACAGCCAACUGACUCAUUUCAGUUGUAAUUGCUGUCUUAUGAGUAUUUUGACAUCUUAAAACAAAAGAAGAUGGAGUUUUCCGAACCAAAAUAAACUCAGUCCACAAUUACAAACUGGUCUACACAUUUUCAGAUUUGUGCAUGCAUGGAUCUUUGUAAAAAUUUGCACAUCUUUUAACAUAUUUGCACACAUGUCUGCACACACUUGUGAUUUUGAGCACACAUUUGCAAAUCUAUCUACAUAUUUUCAGAUUUUGUACAGAUCUGUGUACGCAUUUGCAAAUAGUUUUGCAGCAAUAAUAGAUCCAUAUGGGAUCACGUCCUAUGUACAAAGUCUACAGUCAUAAAAGUCCAAAAAAUACAUCUGAAAAAAUAGAGGAAAAAGUUAAAUGAAAAUCUAAACAGGUUUUUGAUCAGAACAAUUGCACAUUUUUUUUAAAAUCACUUAAAUGUUGCAGAUGGUGAAAGGGGAGCCCAUUUAGAUUGAUUUAGAUAGGGGGUGUCUAAACUUUUUCCAAUGAGAGCCACAUACAUUUUCAGGAUUUUGGGGGACUAAUCAGAUUUCAGGGGGCCCUGUUCAGCCCUGGCUACUACAGGCUCUGUCCCUGAAUUGUUAUAGUUAGGCAAUUGCCUGGGGCCCUGGACUACUAGGGGCCCCAUGGACACACAGUUUAAUUAAACCAAAUUAAUUAUCUUCCUGUGGUUCCAUUUCCUGUUUGAACCAUUUUGACAGAAAAAGAUUAAAAAAAACAGAGCAAUUUUUCCAUUUUUUUGCUUCUGAACAAAACAAAAAGGAAAAGAAGUGAUUUUUUAAAUUUCAGUCACAAAAAUGGAAAAACAGGAACAUUUUUUGUUUUUUUAUCAAUUCUGCUAUUUUGUUCUCUUGUUUUAUUGAUAUACUUGAGGAAAAGGAAAUCAUGUGACUCAAUGGGGAAGGUGAGCAUUUCAAAAUAAAAGCCCUCAUGUCAAAAUUAAAGCCUAUUCAAAGCCAUCCACAGUGUUUUACAGUAUAAUAGGUGUGUUAGCGUUAUACAGUAUUUUAAAAAUAAUGUAAAUAGCAAAAUUACUUGUGAAUUAAAAAUUUAUAUGAAUAUGAGGAGACAUGUAAUAUGAAUAAAUAAGUCUGGACUGACGUA